AUGCUCGUUUACAUUUUCAGUGGUCACUGCUCCGACACGGCAGCUGACUUCGCUUCUGGCAGGGGUUGGCGACCCGGAGCAUCGGCUGCUGCAGCUACUGAGGAGCAGCUUGCUGCGGUCGAAUGGGCUUACAUUCGCAUGCCCACGUCGGUUCUUGUGGAUUUGGAAUUGGAGCCGUUCAAGAUGGUUGGCCAGCGGGAUGUCUAUUGCGCGGCACAGUAUGUUCUCGAACACCGUCUUGUGGCUUACGUGGAGGUGCAGAAUACAGAGCACGGUGUUGCGCCCUCUCGUGCGCAGAUGGUAGACGUGGCUCUGACUUCCAUACCAGCUACAGCGCCGCUGUGUGUGAAAGAGCGCCUUGGCGUCUUGGUACACGGUACGCCGCGGAAGGAGCGGAAGUACUUGGCGGCCUUUCGCCGCAGAUGGAACGCAAGGUAUGGGUACCUGCGCGCAGAAGAUGGCAUUGACGUUGCGGAACGCCGCCAGAAGGCAACCGUUUUUCACCAGUGGAUGAAUGCAAUUUGGCGUGGCGCCGCUGCGCCCGUGCUGGUGGUGAACAUGGACGAGACCUCGGUGGUUCGGCAUCCUACAGGGCUCUGGGGAACUGUCUUGAAAGGUCCGGCGUGCAAGCCGCGGCGGGAGCAAGCGACACUCGCAGACCGUCGUGGCAGCGUCUCGUUUCUGGCAAGCAUCUGCCACGACAGUGCUGUGCACGGCAAGCUGCCGCAAAUUCUCUUGGCAAAUGAGCAUCAGGUCAGCCUUCGAGUUCUGGGCCGCUUGCAAGCUUCAGGUACGCUUCCGGCCAACAUCUACAUCUGGCGAGAAAAAUCUGGCUGGACGACUCACGCCAUUAUGCGACGGUACCUCACCCUUUUGGCACGGUGCCUGGGCGAGACGGUGGCUGAGCGGACGGUUGUCGUCCUUGUUGAUGUCAAUAGAGCGCACAUAGACCAUUCCAUACUAUUGCAUGCGAGGCGGCUGUCACUUCGUAUGUGCUUUGUCCCGGCCAAGAUGACGAGGUGGCUGCAACCAGCAGACACUGCUUUGUUCAGUCGCUUUAAGGCUGCAUUUCGUCGCACAUGGAGAGAGCAAAAAGCUCGGCUGCCAAUGGGCAUUGUGACCCAGGAGGAAUGGCUGCGCAUCAUCUGUGCCGCGAUUGGCGCUGUCUUGCCGACGACCACUUGGCAUGCAGCCUUCGACUCUCUUGGACUGCUUGGGAACCAAGGCUCCAUGUCCGAGACAUUAUGUCAAGAGUUGGGCUUGGAGGUGACGCGGACUGCCAAGCGCUGCGCAGGCUGCGCUGGUGUUCCCUAG